UCACAAGAAGUAGCAGAGAGAGACUUUUCUUCCCUCUCUUGAUUCAUACGCUUCGAUCUGGUCUAUUUUCUGUCUUUGUGUUAUCAAUCUAUGCUGCAGUUUUCCCAUUGUUUCACUAGCUCCUCUGUUUUGUUUUACUGAAACUGUCAGUUUUUAUCCUCUGUUUUCACCAGCUUCUUUAAUGGUCACUAUGGAUCAGGUAAUGGCAGGUGAGAUACACACUGUGUUCCUUUGUCACAUUGUGUAUGAAGAGAUGGCUGCAGGGAAGGAAUGUUCUUCAUCCAUCGAUCCUUCGUCACGAAAGAAAAUAAUUAUUGGCUAUGUUAGUAACUUGUUAGGUUCCUCAAGAAAUUUGUAGUGAUACUUGUUAGGUUCUUUGAUGUCGAUAAGAUUUGUAAAAUCAUGGAUAAAAUUGUUUGUGCAGUGUUGCCAAACAGUGUAAAAUAUUUUCUUUGACAAAGUCGAGUGCACAGGGACCCCAUUGCCCACUACAUUAACUACAUGAGAUAAGAAAAGUCAUCCAUAAUUGUAGCCCUACCCCAUGCACAGAGGAAAAUAUCAUUUCACUUUUGAAGUUAAGAAUUUUGGUCAUGACAGCAAAGGAACUUGAUGGGCGGUCAGGAUUGAUUGCUUGAAUUUAAGAAAUGUAAAUUUGUCGUUCAGAGAAAGAGGUCCAUGAGUCUCCACCCACUAGGCCAACCUUUUUAGUGGUUUACCUUCUACACUGAACGUUAGCUAGGAAGAUCUGCAUCAUUUUCCUUAUUUUCAGCCUUUACAGUAACAAAAAAAUGGAAGCUCUUCUCUACCAAUUCACCUUGCUCUCCAACCAAGCUUGCCAAGACAAAAACUACGAUCCCUCCUCCACUGAUGACCUAAUGAAACUCUUUGAGAUAGAGGCGUACAAGUCAUGGGUAGCAAUGGAACUCGAACAAGAAAUGGAAGUCAAAGAAGCUGAAGUAGCUGUGCAACAAGCUGAGGAUUAUCUUGAUUCAGACAUGGAAAGUGCCAUGGAUGAAUUUAGGAGGUUUGAAGUGGAAAUGGAACGCAUGGCGAUGAGUGAACUGGAAAGUUUAGAAAGAACUGCUGAGAGUGCUAGGAAAAUGGGAAACCUUUUGGAGAAAGCUGCUACUUUUGCUUCUAAGAAGUAUAUGGAGGCUGCACUUAAUUCUGCCACUGCUUCCAUGAAAACAGCUUGGAAGGGACUUUCCUCUAAAAAGGUUCAUCCUUCAUAAGAGACCUCAAUUUUUUUCUUCCCAUCCUUGAAUAUGCCCUCCUUUACCUUGUUCUAAAGAGCACAUGUAUGGAGCUCUUUUUUCCCUGUAAUUGGGACUAUGAAUUUCCAGCCACAUGAUGAAUCUAUCUAUAAUAAAUUCCUAGCAUGUAAAAGUAAUCGUCCAUAUUUACCUGAGAUUAAGUGUUGAUGGAUAAAAUGUAAGCAACAUGAGUAGCUUUGGGGUUA